AUGACUUCACCGAGCACCUCUCUUUGCACUGAGCUACAGAGACUCCAGGUCUCUCGGGUUACCACCAUGGCGGCAUCUACGUCUCGUCCCCUCGAGUACCUGGAAAGCCUGCCUGGAAUGACCUUCAACAAGCUGUACCAACAGCCAUCCACUGCCCUCGCUAUCUUUCGGCGAAUGCUACCUGAUCUGGCAAAAUGCUUUGUCAUGGCACUUCUUUAUUUGAAGGAUCCUUUACCUACGCAGGAUCUUGAGCUCUGGGUCAAAGCGGAGAGCAAGAAGCAGCGGGAUAAUGCACUCUCCAUCUUGGGCCGGCUUCAUAUUCUAUCAAAGACUCUCACCGCCGACAAUGUCAGCGCUUACAUGGUCACCAAUCCAUUCGCAUCUUCUCUCCGAAAGGCCCUCAUGGGCUCUGAAGAUUCCCAGUCUUUUGGUGUCUUCUCCCAAGUCCCCGGCGAACACCCCGUGUCAAUCACCGACCUGGAUGAAUAUGCCCGACGACAGUGGGAAGGUGUGCUGGGUUACAUGGUUGGAACGAGUGCUCUUAGUGGACAACGGGAUGUAAACCUCAGCAAGGGUGUCAAACAACUGCUUCAAGCUGGUCAUCUUGUCGAGAUUCGCGAUCGCCGAGUGGACAUUACAAAGGAUGGCUUCGGGUUCGUGCUGCAGGACGUCAGCACACAAGUUUGGCAUAUACUAAUCCUCUAUGUCGAGAGCGCUGAGGCUAUCGGUAUGGACAGCGUCGAGGUCCUCUCAUUCUUGUUCCUGCUCAGUAGUUUGGAGCUAGGUCAAUCUUAUGAGAAGAAGUACCUCUCGUCUGUUCAGCUUCGGACCCUUGCCGACCUCACCGACUUUGGCAUCGUUUAUCAAGAAUCGCCCGAAGCAACCCGCUUCUACCCAACACGACUGGCGACUACACUGACUUCCGACUCCAGUGCUCUGGGUAGCACUGUUGGUAGCUCGUUGACUGGGCCCGCAGGCCAGCCCGGCGCCUCGGGUACAGGUUCGGGCUUCAUCGUCAUCGAAACCAACUACCGCGUCUACGCAUACACAUCCUCGCCACUUCAAAUCUCCUUGAUCUCCCUCUUCACAACCCUCAAGUACCGCUUCCCAAAUUUGGUCACCGGCAAAGUCACCCGGCAAUCAGUGCGCCGCGCCAUCGAUAUGGGCAUUACCGCGGACCAGAUCAUUUCAUAUCUACACACUCACGCGCACCCGCAACUACGCAAGCACAAUGCCGGCCAUUCGACCUCCAAUACAGCAGGCGUCCCGCCCUCUGUCCUUCCGCCCACCGUGACAGAUCAGAUUCGACUGUGGCAGUUGGAGCGAGAUCGGCUCCGAGCUACUGCCGGAUUUCUGUUCAAGGACUUCACCACUUUACAGGAAUACCAGGCUCCAUGUCAGUAUGCGGCGGAGAUUGGCGUUCUGGUGUGGAAGUCGGACCGAAAGCGCAUGUUCUUCGUGACUCGGCAUGAGCAAGUUGCCGCAUUCCUCCGAAGCAAGAAAUAA